CCUGAACGUUUCCUUCCCUUGCGCCGGAGUGUCUGGUGUCCCUCGCUGCAGGAGCGGGAGCGCUGGAUUGAAACUCGCAGCUGAAACGGCGCAUAGUUUAGAAUAAAGUUCAGUCUAUGUUAUCAAACAGGAAUCGCCUUGAUUCAUCGUCUCUCUAAGGCGGGGGAGCUGGGAACACCCCCCCAGGAUCCUAGGGCAGCUGAAAUGUUUCUGGCAGACACUUGAGGCAGAAUCCAAAGGAAGAGAGAUCAGAGGAAGACUGGAGACCCCCAACAGCCAUGGCCUCCUCCCUUUCAUGCUUGGACAUGCGAGAGGAAGCCACCUGCCCCAUCUGCCUGGAGUACCUGACCAACCCGGUGAGCGUGGACUGCGGGCACAACUUCUGCCGAGGCUGCGUCACCCAGUACUGUGCAGAAUGGGCGGGACACGGAUCCCUGACAUGUCCCAUCUGCAGAUCCCAAAUUCUGAAAGGGAACCUCCGGCCCAACUGGCAGCUGGGAAACCUCGUGGAAAAAAUGAAACACAUGGCUGUGUGCGCGAGGCACCAAAAGACCCUGGAUCUGUUCUGUGAAGAGGACGGGGAAGCCGUGUGCGUGGUUUGUGAGAGAUCCCCCCAGCACAGCUCUCACACGGUGCUGCUCAUAGAGGAUGCUGCCCAGAAGUACAAGAAGAAAAUCCUGGCCCAUUUGAAGACUCUGAGGGAAGAGAGAGAAAAGCUGCAGGGAUUGAAAGUGACUGGAGAGGGGAAAAGCCAGGAGUAUCUGAAACAAACACAAACCGAGAGGCAGAAGAUUGUGUCUGAAUUUCUGCAACUGCGGCAGUUCCUGGAGGAACAAGAGCGACUCCUGCUGGCCCAGCUGGAGAACCUGGACAAGGAGAUUUUGAGGAUCCAGAAGGAAAAUGUCACCAAACUCUCUGAGGAGAUUUCCCAUCUCAGUGAGCUGAUCCAUGAGCUGGAGGGGAAGUGUCAGAAGCCAGCGAGUGAAUUCCUGCAGGAUGUCAGAAGCACCUUAAGCAGGUGCGGGAAGGGGAAGUUCCAGCAGCCGGUGGAAAUUUCCCCUGAAUUGGAAAAGAGACUCAGUGUUCUGUCCCAUAAAAACGUUGCUUUACUGGAGACUCUGAGGCAGUUCAAAGACACUCUGCCAUCGGAGCUGGAGAGAAAAGGAUGGAAAUGCCUAGGAUCACAGAGAGAGGACACUCUGCCAUCUGAACUGGAGCAGGGAGGGGGAAAAUAUUUUGGUUCACACGCCAACGUGCACAUGACUCUGGAUCCAGACACAGCUCAUCCCCAACUCAUCCUGUCUGAGGAUGGGAAAACCGUGAGAUAUGGACGCCUAUGGAACAAACUGCCCAACACGACCAAGAGAUUUGAUUACGAGCGCUGCGUGCUGGGCAGCGAGGGAUUCACCGCGGGGAGACAUUGCUGGGAGGUGGAGGCAGGGGAGCGAGGGGGCUGGGCUGUGGGGGUGGCCAGAGAGUCUCUGGGGAGGAAGGGAGAGAUCAGCUUUAACCCUGAGGGGGGGAUCUGGGCAGUGGAAUACUGGGAGGGUCAGUACUGGGCUCUCACUGGCCCUCUGACUCCUCUGCCCCUGAGCUGGGUCCCCAGGAAAAUCUGGAUUUGUUUGGACUAUGAACAGGGGCAGGUGGCAUUUUUUAAUGCCGAUAACGAAUCCUUGAUCUUCACUUUCCCACCAGCCUCUUUUGCUGGGGAGAGAAUCCGCCCUUUGUUUGUGGUUUGGGAAACCGAGUCCCAGCUCAGACUGUGUCCCUGAGACCUGGAGAAGGGGAAUUAAAAAAAAAAAAAAAUUCAAACAAGAAAUUCAGAGAGGACAGGUCCCUCAAUGGCAAAUUAGCCAAGAUGGGCAGGGACACAACCCCAUGCUCCAGGUGUCCCUAAACCACUGCCUACUAGCAGCUGCGACUGAACAAGGGGAUGGAUCACUCAAAAUGGUCCUGUUCAUUCCCUCUUAAGCAUCUGCAGCAUCAGCCACUGCCAGAAGACAGGAUAUGGGCUAGAUGGACCAUUGGUCUGACCCAGUCUGGCGUUUUUUAUGCUCCGAUCCGACUGGGAGCAAUCAAAUGAGCUUCUCUAGCCUUAAACAUCCCACUCUCUGUGACCCUGGAGGACUCCCAUAUCUCCUAGCCCCCAGGCUCCUUUUCUCUGUGACCCUGGCAGCAAUAGUCUGUGCUUUCAAAAGUAUAGAGGGGUGUGAGCUGCAUAGACAAGCCCAUCCCAUUGCAGCCAGAGUCAGCCACCCUGUCUGUCCCUUGCUCUGUGGAGACCAGCGGUUCUCAACCUAUUUACUGUUAUGAGCCACAUAUGCAGCUCUCUAGAUCUUAGGUGGGCUGCAUCCACGCAAUUUUUAUAUAUAUAUAUAUAUAUAUAUAUAUAUAUAUA